AUGACCCCCGUUCACUUCGCCUUUUCAUCCACUUUCAUACUAGGCCUUACAGGCCUGGCAUUUCACCGGUACCACCUCCUCUCAGCCCUCCUAUGCCUAGAGGGUAUAAUGCUCUCCCUGUUUAUUGCUCUUUCCCUGUGAACCCUUCAACUAGACUCAACCAACUUUUCAGCGUCCCCUAUACUUCUUCUGGCAUUCUCAGCCUGUGAAGCUAGUGCAGGCCUAGCCCUUUUAGUAGCCACUGCCCGCACCCAUGGAACUGACCGCCUACAAAGCCUAAACCUCCUACAAUGCUAA